UAUAUUGUACAUUGAAACUGUAGGGAUCAACUGAGAAGACUGUGAUAUGUUAUAUGGAUUACAGUAAUAUGUACAGUAACAACAAUAUGUACUGAUCACUGUACAGAAGGAUUACACUCAUGUGGUUAAAUUAGACGGGUGCUUUGGAUCCUUUGAUGUUGAGGCGCAAAAAUGUCUGAAUGUGUCCCAGAUAGUUUAAUUUAUUACAAGGAAUCAAAAACCGGAGCAGUCCCUUCAGAAAUUACACACCGUAAGCAGUGAGCAUAAAAAAAAGCUCUCGAUAAAAGGAUACUCAGAAGAUUUUUAAAGGUGGAAACAAACUGGAUAUCCUUUACCUUGUUGGUAAUAGCAUGCACUACCUAUAAUAUUUCAGAUUUCUUUAUAAUCGGCUGCGAUGCUAACCCAAUCCAGGUGAAGACAAACAUCACUGCGAGAAACCAGGAGGGUAGUGACGUCACAACGGAAGUAUGCCUAAAUCAAGAUGGCGGCCAAAUAUCAGGAAGUGAGAAAAACAAUCGAUGGGAAAAAUACUAAAUAAAACCCCUGUUUCGGUCGAUUAAAAUACUGCUAUCGUGGAGGACCGCAGCUGAAGGCCAUCAGGGGUGAUAAAGUUUGUUUAUUUUUCACGGAUAUGGGCGAAGAGACGCGCCAGUAGGAGGCUCCAGUGUCCUAUUUGGCAAGCAGCGUGGGUCAGCCGCUAUGUGUCGGACAGGUGCCUGAUACCCAUGCUCUCCACACAUCCUGUCAUGGACGGGGAGAACUACCUGCACCCAGAGGGUCCCCAGCACGACAGCACCAUGUACAGCUUGCCAACAGCCCCACUGCCCCACCCCGCGAUGGAGAGCCAAAUGUAUCCUCCCAGUUCGUGGCCAUCAUUCUCACAUGCAUCUCCAUAUAACUUGCACUAUUCUAUGCAACCUGGAAACCAGCAAUACACCACUUCAGAUAUGCAAAUGUUCAAUUGUCAUUCUUUCUCGGACAUAGACUUAUUAAACCUUCACCUUCCCAGAAAUGGAGAACUUCCUCAGGACCUCUCCUGCAUCGAUGAACUUUCCAACCCCUCUCUGUUCUCUUCGCCCCCCGACUCCUUGUCCGAAUAUGCAGACGCACCGAACUUCCUCAACACUAGCACGGAUAACCUGCCACAUGUGCCAACACUAUGGGACAUCAACACGCCCUCACAGAACCCUCUGGAGCUGAGUGCCACCAGGUUUCAGGGGUUAAACAGUUUGGAAGACAUCUCUGACAUUAUCACCCCCUCUCUUGGCGGAUACCAGCGUCCCCAGCCUCCUGCUGAAGAAGAGGAGGAUGCCGAGGAAGAAGAGACUGAGGAAUUGGGCCACGUGGAGACCUACGCGGUCUACAAGCCAUCCAAAUCUAAAAUAGGCAUCCCUCAUCCUGAUAUUGUUGUUGAAACAAACACAUUGUCCAGCGUUCCCCCACCUGACAUAACGUAUACGCUGUCCAUUCCUGAAACCACUAUCAAAAACGGAUUGCUCUCUGAUCUACAGCUAGAGGCCGUCAUAUAUAGCUGCCAGCAACAUGAGGUGAUCCUGCAGAAUCGACAAAGAGCAGGAUUCCUAAUCGGAGACGGAGCAGGAGUGGGAAAAGGCAGAACUGUAGCAGGCAUUAUCUUGGAAAACUACUUAAAGGGAAGAAAAAAGGCAUUGUGGUUCAGUGUAUCCAAUGAUCUAAAGUACGAUGCUGAGAGAGAUCUCAAAGACAUUGAUGCUCCAAAUAUCCCUGUGCAUGCCUUAAACAAGAUUAAGUAUGGUGACACAGCUACCUCAGAAGGAGUUCUUUUUGCUACAUACUCUGCGCUGAUUGGGGAGAGCCAGGCUGGUGGGCAGCACCGUACCAGACUGACGCAGAUCCUGGACUGGUGUAAACCGGACUUCGAUGGAGUUAUCGUGUUUGACGAAUGCCACAAAGCCAAAAACGCCACGUCCACGAAGAUGGGCAAGGCUGUCCUGGACCUGCAAAACAAGCUGCCCAAUGCCAGGGUGGUUUACGCCAGUGCCACAGGUGCCUCUGAGCCAAAGAACAUGAUCUACAUGAGCCGGCUGGGAAUCUGGGGGGAAGGAACCCCCUUUAAGACAUUUGAGGACUUCCUGCACGCCAUUGAGAAAAGAGGGGUGGGCGCCAUGGAGAUUGUUGCCAUGGAUAUGAAAGUCAGUGGGAUGUACAUCGCACGGCAGCUCAGCUUUUCAGGAGUUUCAUUCCGGAUAGAGGAGAUCAGUCUGGACAAUGACUUCAUGAUGGUCUACAACAAAGCUGCAAAACUGUGGGCUGAAGCCCUGAUGGUGUUCCAGCGGGCGGCAGACGACCUGGGCCUGGUUUCUCGCAAGUCCCUCUGGGGCCAGUUCUGGUCGUCGCACCAGCGCUUCUUCAAAUACCUCUGCAUCGCCGCCAAAGUGCGCCGCCUGGUGCAGCUGGCGGAGAAGGAGCUGCUCAGUGGCAAGUGCAUCGUGAUUGGACUGCAGUCCACCGGGGAGGCCCGCACCAGAGAGGUCCUGGACGAGAACGAUGGCCAUCUGGACAGAUUCGUCUCUGCAGCAGAGGGUGUAUUUCAGUCUUUGGUGCUGAAGCACUUCCCGUCUGAGAAGCAGAAAAGAGAAAAGGGGGCUGGAAACAAAAGGAAACGUAAGACCAAAGGGCGCCAGCCGAAGUUCCCAAAGCACUGCGUGGACGCUGGGGGUGUGAUCAACAUCAGCGACGACAGCAGCACCGAGUCCGACGGGGUGGACAGCGACUCCAACUCGUCCCCCGAGUCCCUCCUGGACAACGACGACGUCAUCUUUGUCAACCACACUAACUGUCACACUGCGAAACUAGAAGAAAUCAAGCAAGACCUCCUAAAAAAGAUCGAAGACCUGGGAAAGGACCUACCUCUUAAUACCUUGGACGAACUGAUAGACCGGUUCGGCGGACCUGAGCGCGUUUCUGAGAUGACGGGACGCAAGGGGCGCGUGGUCCGGCGCCCAGACGGCAGCGUGCGGUACGAGUCCCGCGCCGAGCAGGGCCUCACCAUCGACCACGUCAACAUCAAGGAGAAGGAGCGGUUCAUGAACGGGGAGAAGCUGGUAGCCAUCAUCUCCGAAGCCGCCAGCUCUGGGAUCUCUCUGCAGGCUGAUAAGCGCGUGAAGAACCAGAGACGGAGGGUCCACAUGACCUUGGAGCUGCCCUGGAGCGCCGACCGGGCCAUCCAGCAGUUCGGUCGGACUCACCGUUCCAACCAGGUGACUGCCCCCGAGUACAUCUUCCUCAUCUCGGAGCUGGCGGGAGAGAGGCGCUUCGCCUCCAUAGUGGCCAAGCGGCUGGAGAGCCUGGGAGCUUUAACUCACGGCGACAGGAGAGCAACGGAGUCGAGGGACCUGAGCAAGUACAACUUUGAGAACAAGUAUGGCACCAAGGCUCUGGACAAGAUUACUAAAGCCAUCCUGGGGCAGAUCGAGAGCAAGGUACCCCCUCCUAAAGGCUACCCGGGUGGAGAUGCCAUGUUCUUCAGAGACAUGAAGCGAGGAAUGAUUGACGUGGGAAUUUUCUGUAAGGAGCCACGAUUUGGCAUCAGUACAGAAAAAGACUGCAGCAUCACCAAGUUCCUGAACCGUAUCCUUGGCCUGGAGGUGCACAAGCAGAACUCUCUUUUCCAGUACUUCACUGACAACUUUGACUACCUGAUCGAGAAGGACAAGAAGGAGGGCAAAUAUGACAUGGGCAUCCUAGACCUGGCUCCAGGAAACGAUGAGAUCUACGAAGAGACUCAGGAGAAGUUCCUUACACUGGGAAACCCACAGGAUGGGCAGGUGAUACUUUAUAAGAUCAGUGUGGACCGAGGAAUGCCCUGGCAAGAAGCAUACAGUAAAUCUCAGAAGCUCAGUGGCCCCGACGAAGGGUUCUAUCUCUCAUACAGGUUGCGGGGGAGUCACCCGUGUGUACUGCUGGCCGAGCAGGGCCGGGGCAAGAACUUCACGUUGUACAAGCCCAAUAUCGGCAAGCAAGCGCAUCCCGAGAGCUUGGACAACCUGCUCAAGAAGUACCGCAAGGUGACCCCAGAAGAGGCCCAGGAUCCCUGGGAGAAUCAGUUCCAGUUCUCCUUCCGGAAAUGCAGCCAUGCCAACUGGAACGGGAAGUGCAAGCAGAUCGAGGAGGGGCACGAGUGCUGGCAGGGCAUGCGCCUGCGGCAGUACCACAUGCUGUGCGGCGCCCUGCUGCGCGUCUGGAAGAGGGUGGCGGACGUGGUCUCCGACAUCACCAACUCCAGCAUCCUGCAGAUCGUCCGGCUCAAGACCAAACAGAACACCAAGCAAGUCGGCAUCAAGAUCCCAGAGAACUGUGUGCUGCGGGUGCGAGAGGAGCUGAAGCAGAUGGACGAGGAGGUCAAGAGGAAGCGCAUGGAGCGGCUGCAGCGGGCGCAGGAGCAGCGGGAGCAGCGGGCGCAGGAGCUGCGGGCGCAGGAGCUGCUGAGCCAGCAGAGGCAGAUCCAGGAGCUGAAGAAGUACUUCACCGCCCCGAUGCCCCUCGACCUGUCCGGCCAGCCGCCGCUGCUGAACAAAGUGCCAGGCAUGGCCCCUGGGCCCAGCCUGCACAUGCUGCAGUUCAACAGACACGCCGCGAGCAACCACCUCAGCUCCUUGGAUGACAUGCUAGUGGACCUUACCAGCAGCCCCUCGCCGACGGCCGACUCCGGGCCGUGCAUGGACGGCGCCGGGAGCACAGCGGCCUCCCUGCAGGAGGAAUUCAGCCUGGAGUCUUUCAUCUCGCCCGCACACCUUGGCAUCGCACAGGCGCAGCAGCAGCAGCAGCAGCAACAUCAAGAAAGCCAGGCGGCGCACUCGGCCCUCAUGCAGUCAGACUUCCUGGAUUUCCAGGAGCCCCCUUCCUCUCUGAGCUUGCCUCCGUCUUACCCUCUGUCGGCCCAGGCGGUCCUGCCCUUGACGACAAUGCCCAGCUCUGUCCCCACUGCUUCCUUGGUUUCCUUCUCCUCCUCCUCUCUAGUCCCGUCAGAACAGCCGCUCUCCUUGCCCAACGGGCACUGCAGCACAGACAUCAACUUCCGUGAGGUUUUGGACAGCAUGUUGCGGACCAACCCGGGACGCCAGUCUGUUAUCCAGUACAGUAUGAACCAGUUUUAAGUGGCUGGCUAGUGGCACCCUCCAUCCCUUCCUGGUGCAAUGAGCAUCUCUCUCUCUGUCUCUCUCCCUCCCCCCCCCACAGUUCAGGCCUCAACGUUACCUUGCCUGAAGUAUUCUUUUAUCUCUGAUUUUUAUAUUUUGAUGUUCAGAUCUGUUUUACAAGUUCUACAAAAAGAAGAACAGAAGGCUCUUCUCUUUGUCGUUUAGGAGUUAAAAUUAACAAAAGCAUCUGUAUUUUAGCUAAAGAGAAAUUGGACAUGUAUGGCAACAAUAUUACUUGUAGUCAACUCAAAUCUCAACUCUGAGGCUCCUGUCCUUUCAGUUGUUUUUACUUUUUUUUUGGGAGUCUGCAUCCCCUCCCCCCCAAAAAAACAAAACAAAACAGUGUAGUCAUCUCUAAUUCAUUGGCCAUUUUCCCUGCUGGAGAGUGCACGUGGUCCUGUACAGGGAUCUGAGUGGACCAGAGUCUGUGAAUCAUAGCCAUUGGGUUGCAGCAGAUUCACUGCAGUCUGCAGAGAGAGAGGGCUGCACAUCCAGCAGGACCGAGGGACUGAGGCAGUGCGGCUGAACAUGGGCAGCCUGUGCUCAGGAGUCCAAGAGCCUUCUGGUAUUUAUUCCACAUUGGCUCUCUGCUGAACAGUUGCACUAAGCAUUAGCAUACUUAGUCAAAUGUAGGCAGUCUCUAUGAAGAGUACCAGCCUUGAGGACCUGGUAUCCCAGUCUGUGGCUUAGUAAUUCAUACUAAGUGGGCUUAGAGUCUUAUUGUCUUCUUAGCUCCAGUAUUUAAGCUGUGGAUGUUCUUGUUUCCUUUUCUUUUUUCAAAACGGUGAGGCUUCAGGAGUCGCCAUCCCCUGUGCUGUUAAUUCGAAAGACUGGUUUGCAUCUUUGACCUCGCAGUGAUCUGGCGCUCGAGGCUUCCUGCAGAAAACGGUCAGGGUGCCUGAGAUGCAUUGCUUACCAUGGGAGCGGAAUACCGAGUUCAGUUUGCACGUGAAACUGGAGCAGGCCACACCACUUGCUUUGAAAUGGUGUCCUCUCCGUACUGAGCUGUCUCUGCUUGUCCUUGACCAGAAAGGCAAAACCUGAUUGAACUAAGCUGCGUUUAGAACUGUCACCUGAAGAGGCACAGGUGACCUGUCAGCUGGUGCUCCUCUGUCCUUGCUUCCUUUCUGCUGUGCACCUAGUUUUUGCUUUCAUGUUGUUUUUGGUGAGAGCAUGUCUCCCCCUGCUGUCCACACUGUGCUAUAGCAGCACAUUUUGGAAAGGAUCCAGAGCCAUAUGCAGUCCCUCAAUGUAUGCUGACAUUGCAAUGUUCUCUGAAAACUUUUAUAAAUUGUUAUAAAGGUUUCAUGCACAUUUUUCUUAUAUAAUAGGGUACUAUUAGCAUCAAAAUGCUUUGGUCUCCUUUCCUCAAUGUAUAAACUAGAACUGAGAUUUAUUUCGUGGCAAGGUUAACAUUUUCCAACACACUGCAGUUAUUAUUUUUUUUAAAUACACAACUUCCACUUUAAAGCACAGGAGAAAAUAAGCGUGUCGUAAAACAGAUGCUUCUGAAUCGGAUCAGCCAUCAGUGGUCAGAAGCUUUUCAAGUUUAAAGAAGCAGUGUUAAGCUUAAUUUUUUUUCUUUUUCCGGGAAAAAAAAAAGUCAAGGAAAGGCCACCCAGAGAAAGACACAGGUUUUUGUUCUGGUUGUAUUCACCCCAUAACCUCAGUGCUGUACCACUGUCCUCCCCUCUCUGUCCCUCAUCAGGCGGGGCUGGUGGGGGAGUCCUUUUCCACGGCUGGAAAAAAGAAAACAGACUCCUUUUACAACAGUGCCUUUGGAACAUGCUAAGAAAUGCAGUCUUUUUAUUAUGCGUGUAUAUACAUUUGUACUCCAGUAGUGGUUGUCUAAUUUCUUAGAACUGAUUUUAAAAAAAAAAACAAUUCCUCCUGAUCUCCUCUGCACUGCCUGAACAGCACAGAUCUGCGGCCUCGUGUCCAGACUGUCCCACUGCUGAGCCCACAUUGUGGUUGAACAGCAGCCUCGGUAUGGCAGUGCCACACGGCUGUGGUGCUCGGCAGUCUGUUCAUGUCCUGCGUCACACGGGACCUUCCUUUAACCCGCGAGGAGUACCCCCAGAUCAGCAGGACUGUGGCUCUUCCCUGACAGACAGGGCAGGAGGACUCACUUACAAUUCUAGCUUUGUUGUACUUCUGACCGGCAUUAAUACAGGGGGGUAAGGCUGCCUUGGCGCUUUGAUCCUGUUCCAAUAAAUUGGAAGUCAUUUCUUUAAAACAUGCAGUUGAUUCCUGCUCAUUCGACUGAUCGUGGCUAUUAGGAUCAAUGAAAGAAGUUAAGGGGCAGUUACGUCCUCAUGGGCGGAAUUUAUAGAACGAAGUGCAAAGUCAAAAGUUGCCUUCCCCCAUAAUGAACACAAAUAUUACACUUGUGGUGAUCGUCCUGUGUGGUGAACAGUGUGUUUGGCUCUUGUAUGCAGUGUGACCUUUCACAACAGCAUACACGGCUGAGCGGACAUUCUUGUAGGCCUGCCUAAAUACUCAGGUAAGUCUGCAGUCUUUGAUGCUGCAUUAGCCUCCUUUGCUUCUCAUGUAAUCCCAGCCUGUCUACCCGAACAGCAAUUCCCUGUCGCAGCUGGGCGAGCGAACGAGAGUAGCCCGCGCUGCACCCUACUCCAGUGGGUUAACGGAAGGCCAGGCCCAAGCAGAGUAGCCCGUCUCCUGUCUCUGCCUGGAGAGGGCGUGUGACUUAGCAAUAAGACAUCCUACGAGACAUCUGCAUUGAUGCUGAAAAACCUCUCAAAAAUGUUGUUUACGCUCAGAAAAGGAAAUUGAAAAGUAAAUAUGUUCAGAAUAAAGUUUUAUCUCAAUCGAUUACUUUGAGAACGUCUCACCUGCUGCAUACAAACUUUGUACAUAACAGACAUACGAGUUUGGAGUCCUUUAUUUUAGGACCGAUAAGGCUUGUGUCCUAUGUUGUAAAAAUGGGGUGAAAGCAAUGUAUUGUGUUAAGAUUAUUAUUGUCAUUGAUGUUAUUAUUAUUUAUAUUUAAGGGACUUCUUAGAGGAAAUUUUUAGAAUAUAAUCCUGUUCUGUAGUUUAAUAAUACUUAAUGUUAUGUCAGGGACUUUUCUAGAAAACAAAAAGAAUUACUUUAAAAAUAUAUAUAUAUUGUAACCUGCCACCAAAUAUAUUGCACUGUUCUGUACUGCUGUACAGGAUCGCUGUAUUCGUUUCUCUUUCCUUUCUGUUGUAAUUUUGUUUUGAUUUUUAGGAUUAUUCUCAGUAAUAGUUAUUUUUUUCCACCUAGGGCUUUAGAAUGCGAAGUGAUACCAAAGUGUUCAGCUCCUGAAGUUACCUGCUAAAACUGUUCUAAAUCUCAGGAAGAAACAUGUAUAUAUAUACACAUAUAUGUAUAAACAUGUAAGCAUUUGUUUAUAUGUAUAUGUACAUGUAUGUGUACAUGUGCUCAAAUAUGUUGAUAAAAUGUUGAAGCAGUAUCCCUUUUUCAAGAUCACAAAAACCAGUGCUGAAUUAUUUUAAAAAUUCAGCACUGUGAUGUUGAGACAAAAAAGAGAUACUGGCUUUCUCUAACUUGAUGCUUGGAUGCCAUUGUUCAAUAUUGUAAAGCUUUGUUCAUUUAAAAUGUUUAUGCCUUCUUAGGGUGCAGAUCAAAUCUCGUUUCCAAAUGGGAACAUUUAACUUCGUUUGGUUUUGUUUGUGUAUACAGUUGUUUUUGUGUACGAUAACAAGGCUGGAAAAAAAAUCUAAACUGAGAAAGCUUAAUGGUUUGGCAUCAGCCCUCACCUAAACUGACAGAUAUUGAACAGUUUAGUACUAAGUGUGCUUUGCUUGUUAGUUGGAGUUCCUUUGCAUGGUCUCCUGCCCAUCUCCAAGAAUCGCACAGUGACUUGCUUUCUCCUCUCACUGGCCAUUAACUCAUCCUGCUUCAUGACUGGUUCUUGGCAUGCAGCGUACGCAGAGGUCAUAGGUGCCUCUCGCUGCAUGCAAACAGCUAUGCUAAUCUUUUUGUUUGGAGGUGGCAGAACACUUUAUCCUGUGCAAGUGACUGAAUGCAUCAUUCAAUAAAAAACCAGGAUACAAUACAGAAAUGUAGAUUAAAUAUUGAAUAGUCACCCUUUUGAAUUUUAAGGCUCCUUGUGGGGAAAAUCCAUAGCAAAGCACAUCUCUUAUUCAGUGGAAAGAGGAGGAAAAAAAGGCAAUAAAAGACAUCUUCGAUAAAAAUAUUGCAGUGAAAACAAUGAAAUGUGACAACAGGGCAAGAGACCCGUGGAGCUCAUUUACUGAAAAAUCCCAUUUUAAACUUUCUUGUGGUUUUUGGGACUUUCUUUUUUAGUGAUUUGUACUAAGAAUGGCAUAAUUCUGUUAUCGUCCAAACAAAGUUAAGAGCCCAUUUUGUAUGACUCAAAGCAAGGGAAUCCUUCGUGUUCCUAACCUUUUACCGGUUUGUGUUUUAUAAUUAAAUUUAUAUAUAUAUAAACUUUCCUGACCUGGCAGUUUUCAGAGUGUCACAUUUAAAAAUAAAUUAUUGCUAACAAAAAAGAAACAUGCUACUGAUUGUAUGUAUUUUUUAAAAAAUGCUAUUUUUUCUGUAAAACUGUUUAGCACUUUUAUCCUGGGUUUGCUUUUGUUUUCUAUAUAUUUAUAAUUUAGAUCGGUGUAUAUAUUGUACAAAUUGUGCCUUUUAACUAAUUCUUUUAAAAGGUUUUCUACUUAUAUCUGAAGGAAUAUAUUGUAUUGCAAUCUGGUCUUUGUUAACAAAAUAAAGUCAAUAAAAAGUAAGGGAUUGCAGACAUGA